UAAAUGUGCGGCGGGUGGCGGCUGGAGCAGGAGCAGACGCAGACGCAGCCGCACCAACAGUCCCGACCAGACAAAAGAAAGAGGACUCGGAAAAAGAAAAGAAAAGCCAGGAGGUCGAAACCGCAUUCGCAUUCGCAAUCGCAAUCGCAAUCGGAAUCGAAGAGGAGCUCCCAUUAGGGAAUCAACGCGAGCAAACCAACGAACAACCAAAUAAUAGAAUAAGCAAUAGCAUCCUUCUACUUAUAGAGGACACACAAUAGAAUAUAUUUAGGACGCUUUAAAGGAUACCUAGAAUUAGGUUUACGAAUUACGAAAUACGAACACACGCAAUGUGUGUUCGUUGUUUGGGGAAAAUCAACGCUUCAUAAAUUACGAUUUAGUGAGUAGACAAAUUUAAGAACCAACAACAACCAUCGGGUGUUUUAUAGCCCGCCACACGCCACAAGGAUACAGGAGAACAAGGAUACACGGGUAGGAGACGACUGCAAAGGAGGCUCCAACACCCACCAAGCAUCACGGCAACGUGCGGCCGUAAUGGGUGGUGGCUUUGCGGGGCCACCAAUUACAUUAGCAACCAGCAACCAGAGCCCGGCCUUAGCCAGCGCCAGAAACACCAAGGAGAACGAACAUCAUACACAAACACACCCACAACCAUAUCCAUAUCCACGGACGCAGACAGAGUCAGAGUCAUCAGAGACGCAGACGCAGACGGAGACGGAGAGCAGGUCCUCAAAGGUCGCUCCAAUGCACGAGAAACUCCUGGAGAAGGAGGAGACGCGCAAAGAAAAGACUGAACGGGCAACAAGUCUGCUUGGUGGCAAGGUCAAGGAGAAGCCGCCCAAGGACAAGCCACCAAAGCAAUCAAAAUUCGCGGAGCGCCUGCGACGCUCCUUUCGCCGUGGCGACCAUCGUUCGCUGGAGAUCAAGCGUCAGGAGCCCACGCCGGACGAGCUAAGGGCCAAGAGCCGUGCCACUCCACCGCUGCCGCUGUCGCUGCCGUCGGAGAACAACAAUCUGAUCGGUGGCAGAUCCCCCUCAGCCUUUGCCCUCAGCCAGUUGCAUCUGCCUGGUGUGGGCUUGGGAGGUCACAUCAAUCCCGCUUUGCUGCUGGACAGCCCCGACGAGUGCACGCCGCCCGAGUACGCGUAUCGGCACCUGAGCAGCGUCGCCACCACCAACUCGAGCACCUCCUUGGAGAGCAACUGCGAGCUGGGAGAGCUGAGCGGCUCCCAGACGAGCGUCUUCUACUGGGCCUGUGGCCAGCAGGCGACCAACGCACCCAUGGGCGGAGAGGUGAGCACGGCCAACGGUGCGGCAGCAGGAUUGCAGGAUGCACAGGAGCGUGCCAAGCGGCGCCUGGAGACACAGAGCAGCAAUCGGAGUGACCAGCAGCCGAUAUCCAUUACAACGACCACAUCAUCGGCACCAGCCAGCGGCAGCCGGAGCUGCAGCCUCACCAGCGAGAGCAGCUCCGUGCGGCUGACGCGCCUCCAGAAUUUCCUCUUCAAGAGCAGCAACGAGAGCUCGAGGAGCUGUCAGGGGCAUUCGAAUGAGGGCUUUACCGCCUCCUCGCACAACUCCUCCUCGGGCGAGUGGGAGCAGCUGGGCGCCCACGGGCCACUGUCCAGCAGCAGCGGUGUGGGCUUCCACGGUGGCUCCUUCCCCGAGGAGAGCACCCCCGAUGAGACCGAUGCCACGGACGCGGGCAGCACGCUGCCGGUGGAGAGCGCAGAGGCAGGCGGAGGGUACUAUCAGUAUACGCUGACCUCGCCGAACAAUCCCUUCCUGCCGGAGAUCACGGCCCGCACCUACCACAGCACCUACGAGGACGAGGGGCUAGAGCCGGUGGAGGAGCUGCAGCUGGAUGGGAACGUGACGUCCGUGAAGUACAAUGCCAGUGCCGCUGGCACGCGGUCCGCCCAGCUGCCGACACCCGCCUACAGUCGCGCCGGGUCCCAGGAGUCGACGCACAGCGAGAGCGGCGUCAGUUGUCCCCCGGGGCCGAGUCCCAGCCCAGCUUCCAGCUCCUCCUCGACGCCCGGACGGCACAGGCGCAAGCUCUUCAGCCUGAAUUCGCCCACACGUCUGCUGCACCAUGCGCCCGCCGCCCAACCAACGCCGACGGCCUCUCCACCCUCUAGCGCCCAGCACGAGAGCAGCGGUCGGUUCCAUUCUGGCAGUCUGGUGCGGAGUCUCAAUCCCUUCCUGCCCACCACCUCCUCGCCCAAGCGUGGCUCGCCCCUGAAGCAGUCGGCCGUCACCUCGCCAGUCGCCGUCACCCCGGACCUGGGCACCAAGAGGGAGGAGUUUCUGCGCGCCACCAUGAAGAUCUGCCUGGUCGUGUCGCCGCCCAGCAGCAAGCUGCAGCUGAAAUCGAAAAGCCUCACGCACUUGGAUGGCCUCGACACGGUGGUGGCCUGCCAGCACGGGCCCGGAGGGACUGCAGCCACUACAUCGGUGGUCCAGGCGGCGGCACCUGGCGUGUCCUCUGGGCACCAGCAUCAGCAUCAGGCGGCAGCAACGACACCAACAGCGCUUGGCCGGCAGCCCCAUGCGACGGAAAAGCGCGAUGCGGAAAAAAUUUGUCCGUCUUCUGUCUUGCCUUCGCAGUCCGUGCCCCACCCACCCACAAUUUACACCCAAGCACCGCAGAUCGUGCGCCGGGCGCCAUCGCUGAUGCUCUCACUCUCGCCCACGCUCGACAUAACCACAAUGGCCGCGUCCGCCUGUUUCGCCGGCACCGGUCGGCCCACUGUGCACUCGAGUGCCAGCUGCUUGCACCAGCAUCAGCAGCAGCAGCAGCACCACCCGCAGCACCACCAACAGAACCAAAAGCACACACAGCAGCCGGCCAUGUCUUCGGCGGCCACAAGUAGUGGCACCAGUGUCACAGCAGCGACAACUCAUUCGAUACCCUCCUCCUCCUUCAAACACUUUCAGCAUCCGGGCGGCGAGGCGCAGGUUGCAGCGACCUCGCUGAGCCCCUACAGCAGCACGCCUAUUGCGGCCCCACCGCUGACCUCACCGUCAGGCCUGUCGGCGACGACGUCGGCGACAGUCAAAAAGAAAUCCUCAUUUUUGCAGCGCAAGAAACCGCUAUUGACACGCAGCGAGGUAUCCAGUUCCGAGUUCUUUUCCGUGUCGUUUUGCAUGGACUCGUCCCAGCAUCCGGACGAGGAAUUCAUACCGGCCACAAAAGGAGUAACCCUACUUAAUGCCCUUAGCCAUGCCCUGCGGCGGAGGAACCUCACGUUUUCACAGAUCACGAUAACGGACAAUAAUCCCACGCCCAGUUUUUUAGACGCGGGUCCUUCGCCCGCAACAAACUCCGUGGAUGAGCAAACCGAUGUGGAGAACCUGGCUGGCCAUCAUUUAUGCAUCACGGAACGGGGCUCCAAUCGCAAACCAUUGCAGAAGGCCGCCUCCUUUGGAUCCCGACAACCGCCGCCCCGCCUGUUGCCCUCCGCCUCGACGGAAGAGACCAGCGACGCGGCCGUGGCGGCUGGCAAACAGAUCAAACAGCGAUGGUCCUCCCUAUUCGGCAUCAAGAACCCCCAGCAGAGCCAACUGUGUGAGCUCCUCAACAGCUACUCGCGGAAUGGAGUGCCCCAGCGGGCGGAUGGUCUCAGCUUUGAGAAUCCGGACCUAGACAACUCGCUGGCGUACCUGCAGAAUAUGCACAAGUCCUGGCGGGACUUUGUCGAGAGCGAUGGCAUGGACGAGAGCGAGGUCAAGAUCCAGACGGCCAUAUGGGAGCUGGUGACCACCGAAGUGUACUAUAUACACGCCCUGCAAACGGUGACGGAUCUUUUCCUGGCUUGUCUGGAGGCUGUACAGGAGGAGCGGCUGCUGAUUGAUGUCGACCAGGCGCGUCUGUUCUCCAAUGUGCGGGCCGUCUGCGAGGCGAACAUAAAGUUCUGGACCAUGUGGCUCUAUCCGAUGGUGGCCCACAGCGUGGUGACCCACGAGCCCCUGCGCUGCGCCUUCUUCCAGGAGGGAUUCAUUGCAUUCGCCUCAAUAUUUGCACCCUACAAAAUCUACUGUGCCGAGCAGAGCACCUGCCAGUUCUACUGCAAGGAGCUUAACCAGAACAAUCCGCUGUUUACCUCGUACUUGGCGUGGUGCGAGUCGCAGAAGAUGUGCAACCGCCUGCGGCUGGCCGACAUUGUGGUGCGACCGAUGCAGCGCCUGACAAAGUACAGCCUCCUGCUGGCCGCCAUCAAGAAGCACAUGGGAGACGUGGAGGAGAUCGAGGCCAUUGAUGUGAUGAUGCACAGCGUCGAGAACUUUGUGGGCAGCGUCAACAAUCACCUGACGAUGCGGCAGGAGAACGAGCGGCUGAAGGGUGUGAUGGUGCGGAUCGAAUCGUACGACGUUGUGGACACCAACAACGAGGGGCUGGACAAGCUCAUCAAGCAGCACAGCCAGAUGUUCGAUCUGUGCGCCCCCAUGCGCGGCUGUCCGGCAUAUCACGUGCGGCACCUGUUCAUGGAGGGCGACCACAAGUUCAAGGACAACCUGGGCAAGUCCGAUGUGCACUGCUUCCUGCUGACGGACCUGCUGCUCGUCUGCAAGACCAUGGCCAAGCGGGGCCUGGGCGCCCUGAAGGUCAUCCGCCAGCCGUACCUAACCGACCAGCUAAUCGUCCACAUGGCCCCGAACAACACCCUCAACUGUGUGUACCUCAACGAGUUUCAGGUGGCCUCCACAGCGUUCACGCUGCAGUGCACCGAGGCCAAGAACUGGUACGACGCGAUGUGGCGGGCCAAGACCAUCUACCAAAGACUGAAGCGCGGAGCCGGCGGCGGCGGUGGUGGCGGUGGCACUGUGGGUGACAGCUUCCGCUUUGGAGGCAGCGGCACAAGUGGCGGCACGGCCGACUCCCUGGGAGUGCGCAAGUCACCAAUGAACUCGUCCAUCUGCAGCCAUGUGUCCAGUGCGAACAACAGCCACAGCGGCAGCGUCGAGUGGAACGAUUCGCGUAACAUAUCAGUAGAUUUUGAGAAGACAAACUCCGUGUCGAGCGACGAGGGCUCUGGGAUGAUGACGGGCAACCAUGGAAUGGUCGCGAAGGGAAAGCAGCAGCUGAUUAGCGGUCUGCACAAGGCGAAGAUGGGGAUGAUUGGGCCCAUUGGCUCCAAGUCGGCGAAUACCCUGACUGUGCAGCCAAUGAACCACCUGGGGCAGAGUCUGCCCAACCUGAACAUGCACCACAGUCACACUAACAAUACCCUGCUCGUGCCGGGCACGACCACUAGCCACUCGGGCAACAUGUUGUUGUCGCCCAGCCAUCGUGGCAUUUCCUAUCCGCCGCCGAGCCCAACGAGAGUGCCGCUGCGCCGUGGCAUGGCCUUCUCGACCUCCACCAAGAAUCCGCCACUGCGGAAGACGCGCAACGUCACCUCCCAGAACAGUAUUAACUGGCACCAGAUACCGGCCACACCGACGCCCACGCCGCCCAGUCCCCGGUCGCAGCACAGCACCGCCCCAGCAGCCAGCAUUGCACUGCAGAAGUCGCUGCCUGUGCUGGACCCAUCGCCAUCGCCGUUGCUCCACAAGCAGCUCUCCCACCAGGCACCCCUGACGACGUCCAGCACCGAGACCGACGUAUGAUGUGGAGCCAAUGCCCACCUCCACCUCCGGCUACCGGCGACCGGAAAGCUGUAGUCUUAAGAAGCACACAUCCACAUCCACUCGUACUUGGAGCUGACCUAGAUGCAUGCAACGAUAGAAACUAUGGAGCGUGUACUUACCUAACGAUUAACCUGUCACAAACUAGCAAUAGCGCACAGAGAGCACUUUUCUAUUGGGAACUUGUAUUGUGAGAAACGGCACUUUUGGGUCCAAAGCUGAUAUUUAAAUAAUGUACAUUCCAAAACUACUACUAAACGUCCCUCCCCCUUCAGACCACCUAGCCUUUCAAGCUUCGACAUUCAAACACCAGACACACUGAAACACUAGGAACACUCAGCAAUAUGACGAGUAUUCUUCCCAUAACGAUAGAAAGACAAAUAAAGUUUAAUCAACGGCGGAAGUUAAUUGUAGAACUACAAAAUAUAACAAUACGAGAAUGCAUAGUGCAAUGCCAUAUAUACGAAACCUAUUUAGAUCGAGAUCGCAAGCUUUAUAAAAGUGUCUCCAAGUAAGUCGGUUGAUGUAAGUCGUUACUUCUCCAUAAGUAGAAAAAAUUACAAUGUUAUGGUUAAAAAAUAUCAAUAAAACACACACACACAUGAUUAUCGUACUUAUUGCAUGUAUAAAACAUGUUAAUAAAUAUCCACAAUAUAUAUAAAGUAUAUACUAAUUAUGCGUGGAUACUGCGAACAUUUGUGGGAAACCUUAAGCAGACACGAUUAAUGAUCAAAAUGAAAUGCUUGUCCGCUCCAUAGUAUUUACUGUAUUUUUCCACCACUCCAUAGACUGCGUUAUCUUUUAGCACAAACACUUUCCGAUAUUCCCAAUUCAAUUGAAUGUUGUAUUUACGUACUAGUGUGGAAAAUACAAUACAAUUAUCUUAAACAUUCCCAUUCCCAACAGCAUAGAAUAUAAUACAAAAGUAGCUUAAACUCCCUUGGACGUAUGUAUACCAAACUAGAGUAUUAGCCGAUCAUCGGCCAAUGUUGUGUAAGUAUUAAACUGUAUGCUUAAAGGAUCUAAAUUCUUCUUCCCUCACAAAGCUAUACGCAACACACUUUUGGAAAUAGAAUUUGAGUUUAAAUUUCAAGGCAAUGAAUGAAUGGGACCCCCCCCCAGGGGUGAUAUGGGUGAUACAAUUUGUGAUGUGAUACGGACAGAAAUAAGUCUAUGCCGAUACCUAUUGAUGUUUGCAUCUGUCUGUACUGUAAGAGCUCUCCAUAAGUAGCAGUUACAUAUGGGGAAUGCCAAGCGGCCUUGCAAUUUCUGUUAACAUUCCAUAAUAUCUAACUAUCCUAUACAUUUGCUGUUUUUAUUAGAUUUCGAAUGGGAACAGGAGUUCAUAAAAGGAACAAAAAAACAAUUGGUUGGGUACCAUAGAUUCGUAGGUCCCUUAAAUCUUUAGGUGGCUUCGACUUUCCUCCGAUUUUCGUCAAAAACCUUUAGGAAAAUAUACUAAACAUAUGUAUAUGUAAUUACGUGUAGAGUAGUACUGUUCUCCAUACAUAAAUUAUAUUGGGUGGACAUUCUGGAACAGCAAUCGCAGGUAUUUGCUCCAGGAUUUUGUAUAUAUUACCUUCGGGAAAGCGUGACACAAGUUCUAAAUUACAUAUAGAGAAACAUAUGUGUACACAUACACAAACACACAAACAUGAUAUAUAUAGAGAAAUUAUUUAUAUAUACAUAUAUUUGUAAACGUGUACAAAAUAGAUGAAUACAUCAUAGUAUUCGGGGAACAUAUAAAAUAUAUUACAAUAUCUACCUAUAUAUAUAAACCGCAAUAAAAAAUGUUAACUGUAUUUGUAUGUAUUUAUUGAGUUAUGUAUGUAUGUAUAGAGCUGCAUAGCGAUCGUAUUUUAGAGUUUAGCUUUAGCCCCUUCCCUUGCAUUGGCGUACAAAUAUCUAAUCUCUAGUUUAGAGUACCCCAUAUGGAUACUUGGAUGAGAAAUACCAACAUACAUAUUUAACACAUACCCUCCCCGACCCACGCAUAUGGUAAUUAGAAGUUGAACUUAAAAUAUUAUGGAAAACUAUAUCAAAAACGCAAUUUAUUUACAAUGGAAUACAAAUAACAGACAUAUAAUGCGUAAAGUGCAACAAAGCUUUAUUUACACGCUUGAACCAUAAAC